CGCAUCUCCCGCUGCGGGGACGCCCCGGCUGCGCCCGCUCGCCGCAGAGCUCCUCCCUCCGCUUCAGUCCGUCCACCCGGAUUUCAUUUAUUUAUUUAUUUAUUUAUUUAUUUAUUUUCUUUUUAACCUGCGAGUUGGUUUUUCGUCUGUUUGUUUCCCGUCUAUUUGCAAAUCCAGGAGCACAGCCCGGUGCCUCCCCACAAUUCCCGCCGGGAGAGAGGCGCUCCGAGGGUGCCGCCGGCUCCCGGCGCUCCGCAUCCCGGAGCGGGCGGGCCAGCCCGGCUUGCGGAGGUACCUUGGGGUGUGGUGGGGGCCGGCAUGCCCGCACCGAGCCGGGCUGAGCACUUGAAGCAUUCACCUGUGGACCUCCUCUGAAAUAAGUGGUAACGCGUUCGCAUCUCUCAGGUUACAGCGUAAAGAAAGGUGCAUGCUUACCCACCCUGUGAACAAACAGGAUGCUCACCACAACUCCAAGUGUUGUUGCCCAAGUGUUCCUUCUUCUAAGCAUAGUCCUUGUUAUUGCUAUUGCAGUGAUUCAGAUAAAUCAGCAACAGAUCCUCUCCCCAGGUCUUAAGUAUGGAAUAGUUCUUGAUGCUGGAUCCUCUCGGACUACAGUCUAUGUCUAUGAGUGGCCGGCAGAAAAAGAAAACAACACGGGAGUAGUGAGCCAAACCUUCAAGUGCAAUGUGAAAGGCCCUGGUAUAUCCAGCUAUGAGAGUAGCCCUGGAGCUCUUGCCAAGCCUCUUGAUGACUGUCUGAAUAAAGUGAAGGAGAGAAUACCAGUUCAUCUGCAUAAAAACACUUCUGUUUAUCUGGGGGCUACAGCUGGCAUGAGACUGCUGAGGUUGCAAAAUGAAUCGGCAGCCAAUGAAGUCCUUGCAAGCAUUCAAAGCUACUUCAGAGCACAACCUUUUGAAUUUAGGGGUGCGCAGAUCAUAACUGGGCCAGAGGAAGGGGUGUAUGGAUGGAUAACGGCCAACUAUUUAAUGGGCAAUUUCUUAGAGAGAAACCUUUGGAGGACAUGGGUCCAUCCUUAUGGAAAAGAGACUAUGGGUGCACUAGACCUUGGAGGAGCUUCCACCCAAAUUUCAUUUAUCACCGAGGACCCCGAGGAGCACCUCAACAGCACCUUGCAAGUGAAGUUGUAUGGUUACAACUACAAUGUCUACACUCACAGCUACCAGUGCUAUGGCAGAGAUGAAGCUGAGAAAAGGCUUUUAGCAUUGCUGCUCCAGAAAUCAAACACCAGUGCCAAUGUGGAUAAUCCCUGUUACCCUCAAAACUAUAACACAGCAUUAACGAUGAAGGACUUCUUUGGCAGCCUUUGUACACAGUCUCUGAGACCAGCAAAUUACUCCCCAAACCAGCUUGUGAAUUUCCAUGGAACAGGAGACCCAGGACUGUGCCAGGAGAUGGUUUCUUUAUUGUUUAACUUCACUGCUUGCAGAGACAGAGAGGACUGCCCAUUUAGUGGAAUACAUCAGCCAAAACCUAAAGGGAACUUUGUGGCUUUCUCUGGAUUCUACUAUACAAUUAAUGCUUUGAAUUUAUCUGGGCAAUUUUCCCUAGAUGACUUCAAUUCAAGUAUGUGGUUUUUCUGUUCACAGAGCUGGACACAGCUCCAGUUUAUGCUGCCUAAAUUUGAAGAAAUAUAUGCUAGAUCGUACUGUUUCUCAGCCAAUUUCAUUUAUUACUUGCUUGUACAUGGUUACAACUUCAAUGCAGAAACUUGGCCACAGAUACAUUUCCAAAAGGAGGUUGGUAACAGCAGCAUAGCGUGGUCACUCGGUUACAUGCUAAGCCUCACAAACAUGAUUCCAGCAGAAGGGAAGCUGAUCCAGCUGCCUCUGAAACCCCCUCUGUUUGCUGGGCUCCUGGUGUUCCUCACAGCCACGGCGCUGCUGUGUCUCCUCUUCCUCGUGUACUUGUGCGUCGUGUCGCACCAUCGGAAGGACGUCCCUCGCGUUGAACACGUGUUUAUUCCAGAAUGAAUGAGCUUGGCUGGACACCAAACAAAAAUGUUACAAUGCAACUCAGCAGAACUUUAUUUUGUCCCCCCAUUUUUCAAAAAGAAAGAGAGUAAAAAUGACUUCUGGACCAGAAGCAUAAAUAGAGGAGAGGC